UCACAGUUUUUGUUGAAUUUACUGAAACAAUUAAACACAGACAAUAACACUCUGCAUUUACUGAUUUGAUCAUCAAUGUUUAGUUAUCUCUAAUUCCUUAUAUACAGUUGAUUUAUUUUCAGAGUUUAUUUUUAUGACAGUACGAUUUUGAUUCUUUGUUUGAUUUUUAAUUGCUUUUAUUACAAAAUUGAUUUAUUAAACUGUAGCUAAUUGUCUAAUUUCUCUACGCCAAUGGUUGUAAAUAAUUAUUUUGAUUAUUUGUCUGAAUUUUUAUUGCUUACAUUUAUUUAGGAGUUUUUAACUUUUUAAAAUUGAUUUUAGAACAUUAUUCCAUAGUCUAGAUUGGUUAUUUUUGGAAUUGCUUGCUGUUUUAAAGAAAUAUAUUUUUAAGUUUUGAUAAGAUUAAAAGUAAUCAAAUAGGCUAAUCUUGCAUUGUAAUGCUUUUCGCGUAAACUGUUGCCUAAUUUUAUCAGUUCAUUCGGUAAUAUGUAGGGUGUAUGCGGAGUAAAGGCGAACGAUGUUUAUUCUGAUUUUUGUUUUUUGUGUUGAAUCAUGAGAAAGAUGCUCUUUUAUUUCUGAAAUAGUGACAAGAAGUUAUAUAUUUAUAGUAUACACGAUUAUGAUUUGAGCUACAUUCGGAAUUACCAUGAUUGUGGCCAACCAUAUUUAGUAGUGUAAUGACAAAUUGAAGCUUGACUGUUUUUUACUUCGUAUUUCUCGGGGAGCCUACUGUGAUAUAGUUUCGAGUAAUGGAGACCGCAGAUGGAAGUCUCUUUUUAGUUUUGGUUAUCAUCAUUAGCCUAGUUUUCAGUGCGGUUGCUCGCAUUUUUUAUGUCCUUUAUCGAACUGGAAAGCCCUUGCGAGCUGAUUCCCUAAAGCCUCUGAGUACUCUAAUUGUUUUGGGUUCAGGGGGCCACACUGCGGAGAUGAUUAAUGUGGUGGCUUUACUUCAGAAAGAUAGAUUUACACCUAGAUUUUAUAUUGCAGCUGCUACGGAUAAAAUGAGUCUGCAAAAGGCCUGUGUUUUGGAGGACUCUUUAGUUGAUAUGCAGCAUCAGGGCAAAAGGGUCUCAGCUAAGUACAUGCAAAUUUACAGAAGCAGGGAAGUUGGCCAGUCAUAUUUAACGUCGAUUUGGACAACUUUAUUGGCUGUUGCUCAUGCAUUGUGGAUAAUGAUUAAAAUCAGACCGGAAGUGGUUCUUUGCAACGGACCUGGAACUUGCAUUCCUCUAUGCGUAAUUGCAUUCCUAUUCAAGGUGGUAGGGAUUACAUGGUCAAGUAUUUUUUAUGUUGAGAGUAUAGCAAGAGUGCAAAGGCUAUCUUUAAGUGGUUUGCUUCUCUAUAAGCUACGCAUAGCUGAUCAGUUUUUCGUACAAUGGCCACAACUUCAGAGUAAAUAUCGUCGAGCACAAUAUGUUGGCUGUCUGAUGUAGCUGAUCGUAUUUCGAUACUGUCGCAAGUCCCAUUCAAGCAUCUAACUCGGUUUUUGACGCAAGACGGAAAUUUAUAUUCACCAUCCAGUUUUUACUGAUAAUUUGAUCAGCUUUUCAUUUUUUUAUGAAUGUAAUUUUUUAGCACAGUAAAGAUUGGAAUACACAUUGUUUUUCUAAAUAUGAUUUUAAAUCAAAAUAUAGCAAUAGAAUGCAAUGUUUAAAAAAUUUAUAGUAUGUUCAAGUCUUUUGCUGCUA